GGGCGGGGCACAGAGCGCGGGGAGCCCGGGAGGCUGCGCCGGAGCACCCGGUUGGUCGGGCUAGAGUGGGCCCGAGGCGGACGGGAGCAGGGUCGGACCAAGAUGGCGGUGCAGGUGGUGCAGGCGGUGCAGGCGGUUCAUCUCGAGUCCGACGCUUUCCUAGUUUGUCUCAACCACGCUCUGAGCACAGAGAAGGAGGAGGUGAUGGGGCUGUGUAUAGGGGAGUUGAAUGAUGACACAAGGAGUGACUCCAAAUUUGCAUAUGCUGGAACUGAAAUGCGCACAGUUGCUGAAAAGGUUGACACCGUCAGAAUUGUUCAUAUUCAUUCUGUCAUCAUUUUGCGACGUUCUGAUAAGAGGAAGGACCGAGUUGAAAUUUCUCCAGAGCAGCUGUCUGCAGCCUCAACAGAGGCAGAAAGGUUGGCUGAACUAACAGGUCGCCCCAUGAGAGUUGUGGGCUGGUAUCAUUCGCAUCCUCAUAUAACUGUUUGGCCUUCGCAUGUUGAUGUUCGCACACAAGCCAUGUACCAGAUGAUGGAUCAAGGCUUUGUAGGACUUAUUUUUUCCUGUUUCAUAGAAGAUAAGAACACAAAGACUGGCCGGGUACUCUACACUUGCUUCCAAUCCAUACAGGCCCAAAAGAGCUCAGAGUCCCCUCAUGGUCCACGAGACUUCUGGAACUCCAGCCAGCACAUCUCCAUUGAGGGCCAGAAGGAAGAGGAAAGGUAUGAGAGAAUUGAAAUCCCAAUCCAUAUUGUACCUCAUGUCACCAUUGGGAAAGUGUGCCUUGAAUCAGCAGUAGAGCUGCCCAAGAUCCUGUGCCAGGAGGAGCAGGAUGCAUAUAGGAGGAUCCACAGCCUUACACAUCUGGACUCAGUAACCAAGAUCCAUAAUGGCUCAGUUUUUACCAAGAAUCUGUGCAGUCAGAUGUCAGCAGUCAGUGGGCCUCUUCUACAGUGGUUGGAGGACAGAUUGGAGCAAAAUCAACAACAUUUGCAGGAGUUACAACAAGAAAAGGAAGAACUUAUGCAAGAACUUUCUUCUCUAGAAUAAAGCAGGAGACAAAGUGGGAUAUUGUUCUGCAAAUUUGAAAGUGUAGUCCAGAACCACCUCCAUCAAAAUCAAUUGGAGGUCAAACUCUGUCUUUGGUGGUAGAACCCAGAAUUCUGCAUGAACUGCCCAACUGAUUCUGAGGCAUACUAACAUUUGAAAAGUACUACCCAUAGGGCAUGUGGAAUGUCAACGUUAUGUUUUCCAUAAUUCCCCACAGAACCAGUCCUUCUCUAUUCUUUUUCUUUCCCUAUAGGAAAGAUAAAAAUAUCCAGUAUAAAAUUAAUUAAGCUAAAUCAAUUUUGAAGAAGAAAAAGUUGGAGGACUCACAUUACCCAGCUUCGAGACUUACUAUAAAGCUGUAGUAAUCAAGAUAGUAUUGGCAAAAGAAGGACAUAUAGAUCAAUGGAACAGAAGAGAGAACCCAGAAAUAGACCCACAUAAAAUAUGCCCAACUGAUUUCAACA